GCUACAAGGCGACAAGAACGAGUGUUGCAAGUGUGACAGAAGCAGCAACGAGUCGUGAGAGGGGCGAGUUGUACUGUCUACGUGUACAAACGUUCCGGGGGAGGCGUUUUGCGUUACGGUUGGUUCCGGUGCACCAAACGCCAACACGGUCUCCUAUCACCACCCAACGACCGCCACCAUGCACAACUCGAGGGAGUGCACUCGUGCGGCCGUGGUUCUGUCCCUGGCCUUCCUUCUCGUCUUCACGUCAUACGGCGGGAUCGAGAGUUUGCAAACGUCGAUCAUUCCGGGCGAAUGCCGUGGAUGUCUCCAAGGCGCGGGCAUUUGCCAAGCUGGCGACGUAUGCCAAGACAAGGUCAAGUUUACCUGUGACGAUGCGUGCGCACCUCCUUUCACCGAGUGCGAAUCGUCGUUGGGGAAUACCAUUCUUGGCGUCGUGUACCUGGCGUUCACGUUGAGCGCGUUCGUUGGCCCGGUCAUUCCCAGUACAGUUCUCCCUCGCAACUGCGCCACUGACAACUCUGGGAAGUAUAGACUACCUCGGCAUGAAGCGGAGCUUGUUCGUUGCGUCCUUCUUCUAUGCGCUCUUUGCCUUUGCCAACUUGGUCGUCGCGUGGACCCCAAACGACCAAGAUUUACACCGAGGCAUCAUGCUAUCCGCGGCGGUCCUCCUGGGACUGUCCGCGUCGGUGUUGUGGAUUUCCCAGGCGAGCUAUCUUACGGAUCUGAGCGUCGUAUAUGCGACGAUCAAAGGCGAGCCCGUGAUCAGUUCGAUGGGGCACUUCAACGGGCUCUUCUAUGGCAUUUUUAACAUGAGCGGCAUCACGGGCAACUUGAUCUCGUCGCUCGUGUUGGAUUGGCUGCAAUGGCCCAAGACAACGCUGUUCCUCAUUUACACCUGUCUGGGGCUCUCCGGGACGGCCUUGUUCAUGCUUUUGCCUACGCUGCCAAAGAAACAUGCGACACAUCCAGAUGAAGGGGCAAGUCUCAACGGCGUGCGACCACCCGUGUUUUCUGCUGCCAAGCUAUGGACACUCGCCAAGGACAGCCGCGUUCUCAUUUUGCUGCCCAUGUUUCUCUUUGGGGGGGUGCAACGAGGCUUUGCCAUGGGCGAAUUCACAUCCAGCUUCAUUCGGGAAUCGCUUGGCAGUGCUUCGAUCGGGUACGUCAUGACCGUGUACGGCGCCGUGACGGUGCUGGGGUCGUACGGAUUUGGAAAGCUCACCGACAGGUUUGGGCCCCUCCUCGGCCUCUCCAUCGGCUACGCAUCGAUUUUUGCCGCGUAUUUGAUGUGCUACACCUUUCAAGUUGUCAAGUGCGACAGCCAGUGGUUCCUGGUCCUGUCGAUUGCGACUUUGCUCAGCGUGGGCGACUCAGCGUCGACGACACUUUCAAACGUGGUUGUGGGCCAAGAAUUUUCUACCGACGCAGUCAAUGCGUUCUCCCUCACUAAAGCGUACCAGUCUGGCGCGACUGCCGCCUCGUUCUUCUGUUUCAACUACAUGAGCUUUCGAGCGCGUGUGGCGCUCUUGAUGGGCAUGGUCGUUGCGGCCGCAUCGACUUUCUUGGUCUACUCGCGCAAGUUUCGUCGUGUGACGAACGAAGUCUACGUACCACUGAACAACUCGGCUUAAUCCAAACAACAUGCCAUCGAUGACGGUUCACCGCCGCCAUAUAAUCAUCAU